CGAACAGGUGGUGCCAUCUGAUAAAUAACGAAGAGAUCGAAAAGUAGAAAAAAGUAAAAACAUGGAUGUGGAUACAGCGAGUGAUAAUACGUCUAUAGAUGACAAGAUUGACGAUUUUUGUGAAAAUCCAACAAGAGAUGCCUUGACAGAAGGUCUUAUGAGUCUUUUGAAACCCACUGUGGAUCAGCUAGAUGAAAGAAUUCGUGCUACCAGAAUAUGUCAGAUAGAGUUAAAGCAACGGAUCGAAUCCUUAACGGAAGAAUUACAGAGGAUCAAUGAAGCUUUACAGUGCCCAUUGGAAACGGAUUCCUAUGUGAAAAAGCUAAUCAAUGCUAAACAUAAAAUCACAAUCGUCAGUAAUAUUUUACAAAAUACUCAAGAACGACUGAAUAAGAUUCACCAAGCUGUGGAGAAAAAUACAGCGAAGAGAAAAGCUUUAUUAGAUCAUAGUUCUUCGUAUGGCAAUGUUGCAGGUGUUUUAGAUAAAGAGGAUCAAACAGAAGCGGAAAAAGAAACUGCACAGUCCAAGGAGCAGGAAUGAACUA